UAUAUAAAGUGAAUCCCGCUUUCUGUGCCCUAGUUUGCUUCUUCUCUCAGCCGUUGUUCUACUUCAGCCGUGCGGAAGAAGAAGUCACAAUGGUCAAGUACUCCAGAGAACCCGACAAUCCCACCAAGUCUUGCAAGGCUAGAGGUGCUGAUCUCAGAGUGCAUUUCAAGAACACCAGGGAGACUGCCUUUGCCAUCAGGAAAUUGCCCUUGGUGAAAGCUAAAAGAUACUUGGAGGAUGUUUUGGCCCAUAAACAAGCCAUUCCUUUCCGACGCUUCUGUGGUGGUGUUGGGAGGACAGCCCAGGCUAAGAAUAGGCACUCUAAUGGACAAGGACGUUGGCCUGUCAAAUCUGCUAAAUUCAUCCUAGAUUUGCUCAAGAAUGCUGAGAGCAAUGCUGAAGUAAAAGGUUUGGAUGUGGAUGCUCUCUACAUUUCUCAUAUCCAGGUUAAUCAAGCACAGAAGCAAAGACGUCGCACCUACCGUGCUCAUGGAAGAAUCAAUCCCUACAUGUCAUCUCCCUGCCACAUAGAGCUGAUCCUAUCUGAGAAGGAAGAGCCUGUCCAAAAAGAGCCUGAGACCCAGUUAGCAACAAGCAAGAAGAAGUCUCAAGCCCUUCGAAGCGGUGCUUCAUCUUAAAUUGUUAUUGAAUCAAAUGGUUAGAGGGACCUACAUUCCUAGAUUAUGUCAGUUUUGUUGCUCUUCUCCUUUAUUUGUUUUGAGCCGUUUUUGAAGCUUGAAUAUGACAUUUUGUUUCGUAUACAAUGUUUGAAGUUCAUUGAGUUACUUGGAAAUCUUUAUCUUGGUAAUCAAAUGGUUGAUUUGAGUUUUAAUUACGUCUUG